CAAUAAACCACAGUAAAAAAAUAUUGUAAAAAUUUUAGUACAUAGAAUGGUUAUUUUAAUGAACAUGUGUACAUAUUUGUUGGUACCGAUACGAAUGUAUAACCAGACAUGAGUCGAGAGAUCAUUAGAGCAAUGUUAAAAAAGUCUGCCAAAAAAUGGGCACUAAAAAUAAGAGCCUCUCGUGGCCAAUAGCUGCACUAUCGUCCCCGGUGGUUUUGGAGAAACGUGCUAAUGCACGGCGCGAAGAGAAAUGUGCUACAAUGCGACGUGCAACCGUACGACUCAACUCGUACCUCGUACCGGUGAAAAGUCGCGCCUAUCGUAAUUCGUAAUCACGCACGUAACGUGACAUAAAUAUAAAGUAGCAGUGGGGAUAAUGCGGUAAUGUGAUAUCAUGUGCCAUAUGCAUAAAAAUAAGCAAAUACUUUAAAAACUUCAUCCUUUAUGCACACGGAACCGAGUAUUUAUUUGAAAAAUCACUAGUAAAAGCUCUUACUUGCCUUUAUACAUAUAAUCCUAUGUAUCCAAAAAGGGGGAAUUCUUACGGCAACACAAAUAGAAGAGAAACGUACGCACAGCAACGAAACACUGCCAGAGUAAACAUAGACAGCCAGCCUUAAAUGUAUCUUUAUUAAGAUGACUAUUUUCUAUAAAGAAAUUUCUAAAGAAAUGGAGUAUGAACAAAUGAGUGAAGUUGAUGAGGAUAUGGAAGAAAGUAGCAGUGAUAGUAAUGAAGAGGAUUCUAUUGCAAGUGAUGAAGUAAAAAAUAAUAAAUCUAAGAUAUAUCUUCCUGGAAAGCCUUUAGAAUGUGGAGAAGAACUUAUUGUGGACAAAACAGCAUAUCGAAUGUUACAUCAUGCCCAAUCCGGAGCUCCUUGUCUUAGUUUUGAUAUUAUUUUAGAUGACUUGGGUAAUAAUAGAGAAGAUUACCCAUUGAAUAUAUAUCUUGUAGCUGGAACUCAAGCUGCCAAGACACAUGUUAACAAUCUCCUUGUUAUGAAAAUGAAAAAUCUAUGUGGUAUAGAAGAUAAUUCUGAUGAUGAAUCAGAUGAUGAUGAAUUACAUAGUGAAAGUGAUACGAAUAUACCAAUUUUGUCUGUGGCACCAAUGAAGCAUCAAGGUUGUGUUAAUAGAGUUAGAUAUAAAAGAAUUGGUAAUAAAGCUCUGGCAGCAAGUUGGAGUGAAUUAGGACGUGUACAUAUUUGGGAUUUGGAUAAACAAUUAAAUGCACUUGAUAAUGAUGAAUUGCUACGUGCAUAUAAUAAGGAGUCUAAAAAAAAUGAUGGGAAUAUCAAACCAUUAUUUAGUUUUAAAGGACAUCUUUCAGAAGGAUAUGGACUUGAUUGGUGUCCAACAGAAAUAGGCAUGUUAGCUUCUGGUGAUUGCAAGGGUAACAUUCAUAUAUGGCAUUUUAGUAAUUCUUCAACUUGGCAUGUGGAUCAACGACCAUAUAAUUCACAUGCACCAUACAGUGUUGAAGAUAUUCAGUGGUCACCUAAUGAAAGACAUGUACUUGCUUCAUGUUCAGUUGAUAAAAGUAUUAAAAUUUGGGAUACAAGAGCAAGUCCACAAUCUGCAUGCAUGUUAACAGCAGCUAGCACACAUACUGCUGAUGUUAAUGUUAUUUCAUGGAAUUGUAAAGAAAGACAGUUUCUUGUAUCUGGUGGUGAUGAUGGCUUGGUUUGUGUAUGGGAUUUGCGUCAGUUUGGUGCUAGUAAUACAAGAGCAUUAGCCAUAUUUAAGCAACACACUGCACCUGUUACAACAGUAGAAUGGCACCCUCAAGAGGCUACUGUAUUUGCUUCUGGUGGAGCUGAUGAUCAAAUUGCUCAGUGGGAUUUAUCAAUAGAAGCCAAUCAAUCAGAAGAGAUAGAAGACAGUGAAUUAAAGGAACUUCCGCCACAAUUGUUAUUUAUACAUCAAGGUCAAACUGAUAUAAAAGAAUUGCAUUGGCAUCCUCAAUGUCCUGGUACUGUAAUAUCAACGGCACAUUCAGGAUUUAAUGUAUUUCGUACAAUUAGUGUAUAAUCUGUCCAAUAAAAAGUCCAAUGUUUAUAAAA